CGCCAUGUAGUGCAUAUGACGGAAGUAUGAUUAUCGAACAGAGGUGCUGAUGAUACGUGAUUGUGAGAAACUUCCUUUCGGAGACUCGGCAAGUUUCUCUGAACCCUUUGUAUUGUCAGCGACGCUCUCGAAUGUAUUUUCGUUUUGUAAAUCAACGCGGGAUUGUCCAGUGGUCCUGUUUGUGCAAAUUACGCGAGUCGUGUGGAUUGUUGUUGGUUGCGAAUGAAGGAAAGUGAAGAGUGAAAAUCUACAGUCGAACUCUGAGUGCGUCGCAAAAUUUUCAUGGGAUAUAUUUUUCCUUGGCGAAUAUUGAAUAUCUGGAACGUUUUUUCUUCUAGAGAAGUAUAAUAAACGUUAAUUGUGCCUUUUGUGUAUAUCAUUGACGAUUUAAUAUAUACGAUAUAUUGAUUAUGAUAAUUUUGCAACAAUAUUAAAAUCGUGUCAAUUACGAUUAUGAUUCGUCUAAGAAGGGCAUCGAAUCGAUAUUAAUCACUAAUUGACUCAAUCCAUCAUGUGUUCAACAUAAAUUUGGAAUAAAUAGCGCAGUGAAUGUUGUCAGUGAAAUCAAAUUUGCAAUCGAAAUCUCGAUUAAAUAUUUAUAAUAUCCUUAAAAAAUUUAAUCAAGUAUGCAACAUGUAGUACAUGGAUCAACGUUUUAAUGAAGAACAAAAGUGCAUCAACAAUAAAAUAUCGAUGAAAAAUGCAACUAUAAAUGUGAAUGAUAAAUCCAAAUGAAUUAUUGAAACCUAAAUGUGCCUUUAAUCUAAUGAGAGGUUUCUCUCGCUUUAUAAAAAUGUUAUUAUUUUAUAUGUAAAAGACAUAACGUGUAUGUGUUGUUGGAGAAUUUUAUCUUCGUCUUAAAUGUAAACAUUGUACCAUUUUCAUCGGAAGUUACAUCCUAAUCUUUGUUUGGGACAAAAUUGCGCGGCGUCUGGAUGGUAAUUUACACGUUUGAAGGGUGACCCUGUAAAUUGGAAAAUAAACAAACUUUGUCAUUAGAAAGUAUUCGCUGAAACGACCAUAAUGGCGACCAUGGGGGUAACAGUGUUCUGCAAUAGAGUACAAAUAAACGGCAAUGAUCAGGAGCUAAUGUUGCUGCGAACAUUGCAAGAUAACGAGAACAAUAUUAUCGGUAAUCAAUCAACGCUGAUAGUCCCGAAAAACAGCAGCAGCGGUAACGCAACGAGUUCCGCGACCGUGUUACCCCCUUACGACCCUUCCAGAUUGAAGAAGCACGGCAAAAAUGGCCAACCGCCGCCUGUUGCCGUUGCUCGAAGAAACGCCAGAGAGAGAAAUCGCGUGAAACAAGUAAACAACGGAUUUGCCACAUUGAGACAACACAUUCCGAGUCACAUUGCCGCAGGUUACGGAGACAGGGGUAAGAAGUUAUCCAAGGUGGAGACUCUCAGGAUGGCCGUCGAAUACAUCAGAGGUCUUCAGAGGCUUUUGGCUGAAGCUGACGGCGUCGAGUACGAUUCCAAAAUCUCUGCCGGUGCACAGUGUGCUCCUUCCCCAACUAGUAGCAUCAUUUCUUCGAGUCACAAUGGCUCUGGCGAGAGACUCAUUCUCGAGGACGAUGUUUUAGCCGCGGAAGACGACGAAGCGGAACACCUGGAAGAAGAAGAGGAUGGAAGUAAUGUCAAAUCGAAAAUUACGUUGUCCAGAUUAUCCCCUAAUCGAACUGCCAUCUCAUCCCCGCGUGACUAUUACGCAUCCUCGGCAGGCGACGAGGAAAAUUUGGAGCCGCGAACUGUAACCGGUGGACAAAAUUUCUCCAGGCUGUCGCCGAAUUCUGUGGCUUCGCCGCCAUCGGAAUAUUACACUCAAAACGAGGAGAAUCUCGAGCCGCAAAUUCUUUCACCGUACAGCGGCGCCGGGGACAGCGAGGAGGGUGCGACGACUGUAUACGCGACCAGUCCGGAGACCUUCUCCGGGGCCCUUUACUACAAGCAGGAGAUCACCGAGACGGGGGAAUUCAUGGACGUCGUCAGCUGGUGGGAACAGGAACAGGGUAGACUCGUUCAUCAACAGCACACGCAACGGCUGACGCACGUGUAACCAUAGAUCGGAGAAACCUAGAGUCUAUAACAUGCAAUUUGAGUGACACAUGGCCGGUGGUGGAUCAUGGUGUGUCAUCUUAAAAGCGUGCAACCACGAACGGAAGUGGCGGAACGUCUAGCCAUAUGUUGGAUAUUCUCCUUAAAAUAUCUCGCAACCAGACCUUCCUCAAUCUUCUUGGUUUCCAAUUGCUGGUCAUCAAUUCCCAUGGAUAUCUAGCACAUGUUCGUUUCACGAUCGAAUGAACUGGAUACUUCUUUUAAAUCCGCUUAGAAGAUUUUAUACUUUAUACUUUUUAAAUAUAAAAUUGAUAUGUUCCUACAAACAUGAAAAAUAUCUUAUUCAUUUUUUUUAUAU